UCGUCGUUAUUUCGUUCUUGCCCUCCUCCCCUCUGCUGUGCUGUACUGCUGCAUCUGAGAAUCCCGCGACCAAAUUUGCUUGACCCGAUCCAGAUCGGAUUUCGGAUCGACCCGUUUAACCGCUCGUAAUUACCCCUCGCAUCGCGCCAUCCGUUGCCGGAUCUUUUGGGAAGUUGACGGCAGCUUCUUCAUUUGAUUUGAUUUGAUUUGAUUUUUAUUUUUUUGUCUGCUUUGGGGAAUUUUGUGCGUUUGUUCCCGUUGAUUCGGAUUGAUGGCGACGAGGAACCGGACAAUUUUGUAUCGCAAGUAUAGGGAUGCAUUGAAGAGCGUUAGGUUGCCGUCGCCUUCCGGCGGCGGUGGAGGAGGUGGGGGUAGAGGCCCGGUGAUCGAGCUAUCGACGACGUCUUUGCUUAAUCCUAAUCGGUCUUACGCUCCUCUGAGCACGGAAGAUCCAGGAACUUCAAGUAGGGGUACAGUUGCUUUAGGCCUACCACCAGCUUGGGUGGAUGUAUCUGAGGAAAUAUCAGCUAAUAUACAACGUGUGAGGGGAAAGAUGGCUGAGUUAGCGAAGGCUCAUGCCAAAGCUCUAAUGCCAUCAUUUGGGGACGGUAAAGAAGACCAACGUCGGAUAGAAGCUCUUACGCAACAGAUAACUGAUCUUUUGAAAAAAUCUGAAAGAGGAUUACAACGAUUCUCUUCUUCUGGGAUCUCAGAGGAUUCAAAUAUUAGAAAAAAUGUUCAGCGUUCUCUAGCCACUGACCUUCAGACCCUCUCAAUGGAGCUACGAAAGAAACAAUCUACAUAUUUGAAACGACUGCGGCAGCAGAAAGAGGGUCCAGAUGGUAUUGACUUGGAGAUGAACUUAAAUGGAAGUAGUUCUAAGAGGGAGGACGAUGAAUUUGAUGACAUGGGUUUUAACGAUCAUCAAAUGGCCAAGUUAAAGAAAAGUGAGGCAUUCACUGCUGAAAGGGAGAAGGAAAUUCAACAGGUUGUUGAUUCAGUCAAUGAACUUGCACAAAUUAUGAAAGACCUGUCAGUUUUAGUGAUCGAUCAGGGAACUAUUGUUGACAGGAUAGAUCACAAUAUAACAAAUGUCGGAGCAUCAGUUGAAGAGGGGUUAAAACAGCUUCAGAAGGCAGAGAGAAGUCAAAAACAAGGUGGCAUGGUUAUGUGUGCAACCGUUCUCAUCAUUAUGUGCUUUGUUAUGCUCGUUCUCCUAGUUUUGAAGACGAUACUCUUCUGAGCUGUGUGUAGGGUCCUACGGUAUCCAAAUCUCUCCUUUGAUCCCAACACUCCUCGUCAAGAACCCUCUUAACAAGCUACAAUACACAUGCUCAGAAGUUCCAAUUUGUUUAAGGUAUAGAUCUGUCCUCUUCCUAUAGAGUUUCUAAAGAGUGCUGGGGUAUGUAUGCAUAUAUAUACAUACAUACAUACAAAUACGUGGAACUCCAUGGCACUGUAGAUUGGUUCGGUCCGGGGCAUUGUCUGUAUAGUCUCCGGGGUAAGGCAAAUAUUGAUUCAUUUUUUCCUGGUAGAAUUUUGUAGCUCCAUCCAUCCAUACGUGCAAUGCUCAUCAUCUAGUGCAUAAUUGCUGUUGUGUUUUUGUAUGCAGAGGGAUUUGGUUAACAGCUGCCGCUAGUGCAUUUUGUUUGUCUUA